GCCAUCGGGUGUCCUUACGGAGGCUAUUUGAGGGCGUCGAGUGAGCUCGACAGAAGCCCUCGGCCCACGAACUCCAAGAGGAAUCCGCUUUCUAGAUAAUAAAUACAUGGACGACUAUGUAGGUGCGCGCGGCUCACCUGCACGUGCCACGUACCGCUAGCUCACUUGGUAUAGUAGAAUGGCACAGCGAGGCAAACGAAUAAAUAGAAACGACAAUGAUUUGGCGUCUUGCCCAGGCGCAAUCAAAAGGCGCAAAUGUAGGCUGGGUCCAGCGACGGGUUCGUCGUCGCUGGCAGCUACCAUGGGGCCCUCAGAAGAGGAGGAGACGAUGGCGUCGUCCAGUCAAGGAGGGGCAUCCUGGACCCCCAGACCUCUUAGUGACAUCAAAAUCUCUAGUAUAUAUAAUCGCUCCUCUGCUGAGGCCCCUGCAGAAUUAUUUCGUAAGGAUUUGAUCAGCGCAAUGAAAUUACCUGACAGUGAGCCACUAAGUCCCAAUGAAUAUUGGGUCAUUACUGAUCAAUGGAAACAAGAAUGGGAGAGAGGUGUUCAAGUACCUGUCAACCCAGACUCUCUUCCAGAACCAACAGUUACUAUCACUCAUGCAACACCCAUUAAGCAGCACAGUGAAUUUAAACUACCUAAAAAAUUCGUAAGGAUAUCUCGUGACGAUUAUUUCAACCCUGAAGAUCAUCAUUUAAGCACAACGCCGGCACGAGCAGAAAAAGCUUGUGCUUAUGACCUUGAUGAUACUGAUAUUGCUUGGUUGGAUGUGUUAAAUGGCGAACGUGCACAGGCUGGUCAAUUGCCCAUCACAGAAUCGCAAUUAGAACGUGUGAUAGAAGAAUUAGAAGUGCGUUGUUGGGAAAGAAUACAAACCAUUGUAAAAAAUGAAGAGGGGCUUGGUAUUGAAUAUGACGAGAAUGUGAUCUGUGACGUUUGCAGAUCUCCUGAUUCUGAGGAAGGAAAUGAAAUGGUAUUUUGUGACUGCUGCAAUAUAUGUGUACACCAAGCAUGUUAUGGAAUUACUUCAAUACCAGAUGGUUCAUGGCUAUGCAGAACUUGUUCUCUAAGUCAACGACCAGAUUGUGUUCUUUGUCCUAACAAAGGUGGUGCUAUGAAGUGUACUCGUAGUGGUCAAAAAUGGGCUCAUGUUUCGUGUGCUUUAUGGAUCCCAGAAGUCAGCAUUGGCUGUGUUGAAAGAAUGGAACCUAUUACUAAAAUAUCCAGCAUUCCGCAAAGUCGAUGGGCUCUAAUAUGCGUGCUGUGUCGAGAAAGAGUCGGUGCUUGUAUCCAGUGCAGUAUAAAGACGUGUAAGACAGCUUAUCACGUAACGUGUGCCUUCAAAUAUGGCUUGGAGAUGAAGGCAAUUAUUGAGGAUGAAAUGGCCGACGAUGGAGUAAAAUUAAGGUCCUACUGCCAGAAACAUAGUAGAACAAAUACAAAAGAUAAAGUUCAAGGCACUGGAGGGAGUAUAGGGAGUGGAGCUGAUAAAGCAGGAUCGGAUUCCGAAGAUGCGGAAUCUAGAAGACGCAAGAGGAAGGACAUGACUUCUGAGGAGAAAAAUCAAGCACGUGCUGCAAAACUACAAGAAAUCGAAGCAGAAUUUGACAAACAUGUGAGUUUGAAGGAUAUUGCUUCGCAGCAAUUGGAUGUGGAUCCUGACGGCAUUGUCUACAUUUAUAACUAUUGGAAACUGAAAAGAAGAGCUGGACAUAAUAAACCACUAUUGGCACCACGUUGCGGGGAACUUUCGGGUAGUGGAUCGCGAAAUCAAGGGCAAGCAGCAGAUCUCGAAAAGAUGAGGACGUUCGUACAACUGCGGCAAGAUCUCGAAAGGGUCCGAAACCUGUGCUAUAUGGUUGGCAGAAGAGAAAAGCUCUGUCGAUCUUUCCUCAGAUUACGAGAACAAACCUUUCACAAGCAAGCUUUAGUAAUGUCCGGUCCACCUUUACCACCAGCAGCAGCCGCUGCUGUAAUGGAAGCCAAUCAUGGACCCUCGAUAUACGACCGGUUAUAUUCUCAUCCUGAUUCGGAAGAUCACACACACGACUUUGACUCAAUCGUUGCCAGAAUCGCUGGUAUAGACUCGCCAACUAUUGACGAGAAGAAGACUCAACAACAACAACAGCAACAACAACAGCCACAGCAGCAACAGGACUUCAAUGGUGCCUCUAGUAAAAAAUUGUACUUCAAUGGCUCUGUCCGAAGAAAGAACCUCUAUGGCAGUGAUUUAUCAUCUGUCAGUAGUAGUGAAACGGACGCGACGAAGGCGCAAACAUCGGAGAAGUCGAAGAACCUGAAGCUAGAAAGUGAGUCGAGUACGGAAGAGGAAACCAACGUUUCGACGAAAACUAAGUUAUCGCGAAGAAAGACUAAAAAGACUGCUCAAUCUACGGAUAAGUUACAUUCGACACUUAGGGAAAACAGUGAAAAUGAAAAACUUGUGAAUAGUAGAUCGCAUACGCUCGAACAUAUGGAGAAAGAAUUAGGAAGCGCUUCUGGCAGUGAAAGUGACGAACUAUUAACGUUAAGAGGCGGAGCGACGAAACACCUUGUUGCUUCGGCCAUUUACUCAGACACCGAUUCCGAUUCUCAAGAACACGCAUCUCAUUCCGCGGUGUUGAUCACAAAAGCAGCCGUCAAAGAGUUUUCCGCGGCAAAUUUGUCGAAAAAUUCCCAGAAAAGCUUCGGCAAAGAUUCCAGACACGCAGAAUCAACGUAUCACAAUACAGGACCGAAGAAUAAAGAAAAUCAAAGUAAAGCUAGCGCUAAAAAGAAAGAGUACAUACCUUCUGCUCUGAUCGUGCCACAAAGGCAAGCUGCGAAGAAAGCUUCGGAAAUCAUGCAGCGCACGCAACAGGGCAAAAAAGACAAUUCGGUGCCUGAGUCGACGCCAGAGGUGGUUAAAUCUCCCGUCGAGGAAGUUCCAAAGUGUUCCUCUUCGAAACAAUCAAAAGACAAGAGCCCAAAUAAGAAGCAAAGGGAGAACAAAUUGUCGAAAGAAGUUAAAAAUAACGAUGUGUACGAUUUCGACAAAGAAUUCGGUGAUGGAACAGAGAUUUUGGCGUACGUUCCGCAGAGGCAAGCUGCGAAGAAAGCCGCGGAACAUAUCAAAAGUGGCAUGGGUACUAAAACUACGCAACAAAUCGAACAAGAAGCACUCGAUGGAAGAUCGAAAAAGGAAUCUCUGGAAACUGGGAAAAGGAAAGAGCUUAGGAAGGAUGAUUCUUCUAGGAAAGAAGAACUCACUUCGCGAAAAGAAGAAUCAUCUUCCUCGUCGUCGUCGUCUUCGUCCUCUUCUUCAUCCUCUUCAUCUUCGUCCUCGUCUUCAUCUUCUUCCUCCUCGUCCUCUAGAAAAGAAGAUCUUUCAUCUAGGAAAGAAGACUUAUCUUCGAAGAAGGAAGAAUCUUCCUCGAGAAAGGAAGAAAUCCAUACGAAGGAUAGUCGUUCGAGAAGACCUAGGAAACCAAGCGAACGGAAGUCGGUGCUUUCGAGUAACAGCGAUAGUAGCAGUAGUAGCAACAGUUGUAGCAGUUCCUCCGAAAGCAGUAGCGAUUCUGAGAAUCCGGAACGUAGGAAACAUUCGGACGAGUUCAUGGAUGGUUCUUCUUCUACCACUUCCUCCGAGAGUGACGUUGGAAAUAGAUCGAAGAGCAAAACAGUCACGGCAACUCCGAUCACGGCGAAUAGAAGGCAACAGCCUAGCAAAACUUCACCGGAAAGACAAGAAGCUGAAAGGAAACCAGUCUCAGGGCGGAAACUCAAGAAGCUGCCCGAGAAGAAGCUUAAAACUUCCGACGGGCGGCGGGGACCCGAGUUUCAGCCGCCUACUGAGAGAGAGGAAUCUCGUAGAACCUCCAAAGAACAACAACAACAACAGUCACAACAACCGGAAGCAAGUGUUAAGAAGCAGGAUCAAAGAGACAAUAAAAAGCAACCACCACCACCCCCACCAGCAACAGCAGCAGCAACAGCAACAACAGCAGGAACGGAGGCUGAUGAGGAUAUGCUCGUUGGGUCUGGAGAUCAUGAUGGGCCAAGAAGUCUUUCUGGGUCCAGACCUACCAAAAAGUCGGGUCAGGCUGCUAAGCAACAGUCCUUGCCUCGAAAAGAAGAUAAAAAGACCAAAUCUGAAGGUAGGAAGCGAAAACCGAACGAAUCUGUCGCGAAGGAUGAGAAGAAAGAGACGUGCAAGAAACCGGAGAAACGGUUAAGCGAUAAACAGCCUGUUAAAGAAAUAGAGAAGAGAGAGGAGGAGGAAAAUAAGGAGGAAGAACAGAAGAUUGUGGACGAGGAAAAGGUGAAUGUGUGCACGGAGAUCUCUUCGAAGAACGACGAGAAGAAGGUUAAAAAGCUCGGUGGAAAGGAUGCGAUCAACACCUUGGAAGAGGAAAUGAAACAGCGUAGAGCGGAGAGAGACAGCCCGAAGAAAUCGUUGAGAGGAUUAGAUAAAUUAUUAGAGAAACGUGAACAUCACGAUAAGAUGUCUAGGAGUAAAAAUUCGGAGGUGAAGGUCGAGAAUAUCGUGUGCGACGAAGAGAAGGAAGAGAAGGAUAUCAUAGAGGAGUGUCAACAGAUGAAGGAAAUUGUGAAGAGCGAGGAUCGCAAGAAUCACAUUAACGAAAGUGACAUACUUAUCGAGAAACCGAAACCGGAGGAACAAGUGGAGGAAGAACUAAUAAAGAAGGAUAUUGCUGAGGUGCCGCAAGUUGAAAAGGCUACAGCUGGAAAGAAGAAAGUGGAGAGAACUGUGGGAAAGGUUUUGGAGAACACGUUUGAGCAACAAAAUAUCGAGCCACAGAUUAUCGAACAACAAACGGUUCCGGUGGAGGAGAAUAUUCAGAAGGAGAGCAACGAGGAUGAUAAUAUUAAGUCUGUUUCGGAGAGAGUUGAGAAUAUAGAGAAGGAGCAUCAGAAACGACGAAAAUCUGCAAAUCGGUCAAUCUUCUCGCCACAGCACGGUAAAGAUGCGAGCGUAUCCGAAUUAUUUGAUUUCGAUCAAGAUAUGCUAACGGAGGAGAUGGUAAACGAAGACGGAUUCGGUAUACCAAGAGACGCGGAAGAACGGGGAGUGCCGUUAAGCUUCUCGUUCAACAACGAGCUGUGGUUCAAAGAAGACUCGAAAGAGGAUAGCGCUAGAGAAACGCUGCAUCUUGUCGAGAAAUUGCGUAUGGAACUCUCGAAGAAAUCAAAUUCUAGUCAGUUUGAAUUAGAGGCAGUACCUGUAGACGGUGAAAUCAAAAAAGAGGAACCAUCGAUGGAGAAGGCGUCGUUCGAGCAACAGCAACAAUCACAGCAGCACCAGCAGCCAUCACAGCAACUUCAACCACCAUCGCAACCACAACCACCGCAACUUCAGCAACCAUUGUUGCAACAGCAACCGCUGAAUCAACAACCAGAAAAAGAAACGAAAAUUCUUGAACCUAUCGUAGAACCGAUUAUAAACGUAAAAAAUAAUAUCGAGAUUCCCGAAGAAGAGGUAGCUACUAAUGAAGCCCGUCCCAGCAGUUGUAAGAGUACGAUAGAGGAGAAGAGGAAAACUUGUUACUCUAGCGGUAACGAUAGGUACGCGGCCUACGAGGAGGAUCGCGAGGCGAACAAAGUAAGCUUGGUGGAAAGAUCGAAGCUCGAUCGAGCAGAAACUGACGAACGAUGGGUUCCGCCGAGCUUCGAACCGAGCGAUGUGCAACAUCUGAACGCGUUGAUGGAGACACAGAAUCAUCGAUAUGGCAACCAUCAGUUCCCUAAUGAAACUAUUCAAGAAAAUGAAUCCGUUGCUCGUACUCAUUUGAACGCACCUAGUAUACAGGAACAGUAUCUUUUACAGCAGCCACAUUCGAUUCUUCAUAGUCAGCAAGAGCCACACGAAAGGACGAUCCUUGAUCAACAGAUACCCGAGGAGAAUCCUAUGGAAAUGGUGAACAGACAUUUGAUCGGAUUGCCGGCAUCGGAGGAUGAUCAGGCUGCUGAGAUGAUGGACAGGGUACUGGAGAAAGAGGACGACGUCGUGAGGCAACAGGAAUACGAUCAAAAUUCACCGUACAAUGAAUUAAACGGUCGCCAAGACACCAGAUGGGCGGAAAGUCAGGUUCUACCAUCUCGAAGGUCUACAUCAUCUUCGAUCACAUCCGCCUCCUCCGCGGAGGAUCAUUCCAUUCCACCAUACAAGAACGUAGCGGGCAUUCCGUUUCCACCAUGUUCCAUAGAGGCAACGUAUUACGCGGAUUCAAGUUACGGCACCGGACCAGUCAGCCUGUUUCCGCCGCAAUCUUGCACGGCGCCGUUACCCUACCCAUCUCCUGGACCGGCUCUUUUUCCACCAGCAUUUGGAGCAGCUUUUCCGGGCGCGCAAUCAUUAUUGCCGCACGUGAAACCACUCGAAGACUCGUUAAAUCUACAAGCUUCGCCGUGUACCGCCGCGUUCACGUCUUCCUCGCACAACAUGGCUCUCACCGCGGCCAUGGUCUCGCCUACUAAAAUAGUCACUCCACCUCCGCCACCACCUCCGCCGCCACCACAAGUCGCCGCUCCACCUGCAGAAUCCAUAGAAAGGACGCAACAGCAACUACAAACUCAGGUCGCCGAUUCACCUUCUAUACCUAUAAACUUCUUGAACACCGUAGCACCGGAGAGUCAUACCAGUGAAACCGUUGUCGAGAGCCUUCAGGAAGUCCUCGCCGAUGGCAAGAGCCAGCACUUCGGGAAGAAGUCACCUUCUAAACCGACUAGAACCUCUGCUCGCGUGACGUCGUUGCAAGGCAAGUCUCCGGGAAAGUCCCCGAGGCAGGAAACGCAGAAGAGCGUGUCUGGGACACGAGGUCGUGGCAGAGGAGCGAAGAACUCGGCGCAACACUCUGGACACAGAGGACGUGGUCGUGGAAGGGGCAGAGGGCGAGGUAGAAGCGGACAAAAUGCAGGAUUAUCCUUGGUCUCGGGAACGGGUGUUGGUCAGCACGACGACUCGAUACAGAAUAAGCUAGUCGGCACGGUAUACGACUUCGACUCCGACGAAGACUCCACCAGCGAGGCGAACAUCGCUGACUUGCGUACCAUGAGAGAACGGAAGAAGUCGACGGAUGCUGCGGCGGCUGGUGUCGAGAGGAGAGACUCAGCCGUGGUUGCUUCCGGGGAGAGUAUUCAGUCGAGACUGUCCAGUCCCGGAGGCACUAGAAAGUAUCUGGAAGACAGGAGACUCUCGUGUUCUCCGGGUCACGAUGAUUCAACUGUCGUGGAAAGCCAGUCGAACGCUGGACAAAGCUUCGAUACCGUCCUACCACUUAUACCCGGCCCUGUCGACAUGAGAACGUACAAUUCCACCCUGGACGCCUCAAGUUCUUCCACGUUACACGGUCAGACAUACGAGAAUCAUUUCCUGGGCACGUUUACCGGUGUCUCGGCGAACGAUCCUGCUCUUCCGGAUAUCGAGGAAGAUCUCGAGAAAGAGUUAAGAUCCGCGCUGAUUGGGAAGCAAGGUCAGGAAGAUUGUUCGAAGCCGAGUUUCGACGCGAGCAUCGACGCCUCGUCCUCUGGCUUCGUCGACGCCAACAAGGUUUCUUUGACAGACUCGAGGAACCAGCUGAAGGUCAAGAUCAAAGGUCCCUUCCUUGACGCGAACUAUGUUCCUGCCUCGUCGGUACCACCUUUAGCUCAACAGGCGCCUGUAAUAAUUGCUCCAGCUGCUACCAGUGCUUCCGCCGCUUCAGGAACCUCUAAUCUCCGACGAAUGCGUAAGAAGGAAUUGCUCAGACAAUACUGUUCUCAAGACAUGAAUAUGGACGAGCCAGGCUGCGGGAAUCUCGCCACGUCCGCGCCGAUCAUCAUGCCACCGAUCAAUCGCACAGUGAUCACGAUACCUAAGGCGGUCGCCUCGAUGACCAGCAUACCUACCAGAGAAGAUUACAAAGCGGUCGUCGACGCGAAUAUGGAGAAGAAGAGGAGAAAAGAGAGACCUGCGGGAUUCCUGGAUGCGAACGAGGAGGAGGGAAGCGUAGAGAGGAGGCGAGGCAGUGCUACUAACGGUGCCAGUUCCAGUGGUAGCGCUCCUGUUGGAAACGCUGAUCGCAGGAGAGGAAGGCAGAGCAGUGGCGGUAGAUCAACUACCACCACGACCACGACCACCACCACGAACAGUGGUCCACCUAAGCUGAAGAUCAAGAUUGGUAAUAGUAUAAUCGGUGGGCAAGAGAGCGGUCAGGAUGAUAGAACGAGGAUCAGACCGCCGAAGAAACGGUUGAGCAGUAUUCCUAGCAGUACACCGAGUAUCGAGGAAUUGAAGAGAGAGAGUAUGAAAUUCAGACGUAUGAUUAUGGCCGGUUUCGAUAACGACGAGAAAUUACGUGGAAAGAGUAAGAAGGAUAAGAAUGGUAAACGAAAGAAACGGCAAUCGAGUAGAAAGGAAGCAAGGGUGAGAAUUCUUGAAGGUGGAGCUGCUCCACCGAAAUUGAUCAUCAGGCUUGGUAAAGGUAACGACUCACCUGACGAUCUACCAAUCUUGCUCACGGAUGAGGAAGAAGAGGAGGAGGAGGAGGAACGACAUCCGACUGACAGUAGAGUAGGUCCUCCACCUCCGGAACCGGCCAAGGAUGAGCCUGUCUACCCAGCAGUAUCUGCGAACAUUGAAGAAAAACAGCCUACCGACCCGGACACUGGCGGCAGCGCGCCGAGAAACGUUCGUUCGGCGAAGGUGACGCCGAUUAGGUUAAAAUUGACACGUUGCCAAGAGGGUUAUGAGCUGAAGGGCCCGCCGGUCCAUGGUGAGGAGUCCGUUUUAACGACGGAGAAACCGCGGAGUCCUGAGGUCUCGAACGAGGAGACGAGAAAUCCACCGGUCAAGGGCCAAGAAGAAGAGUCCUCCAGGGAGGAGGAAGAAGAAGAGGAGGAGGAGAACAAUAGUUCCGUGCAAAGAGACUCCUCCGCGUGUCCUGCCGCGACAAGUAUACCGCAGGGAUGCCAAGUUAGGUGAUAAUUAAUGAUACUCGUGGAGUAACGGAGCAGAGGACACACACACACAUACAACACAAACACACACGGUGCUUGUACGAUUUUGCGAUCGAUAGAGAAAACGGACUCGAUACAAUGCUUGCGGUUGCUAGCUGUGAAAAGCACGUUGCCGUGAUAAGGUGAAAAGCCGUUCCGCCAAGAUACGGUCGAAGAAGAUCGAGGUACUGCAUAUUCUUACAAGACAAUUUUACCAUAUUUGUUGCAACGUAUCAAUGUUGGCUUAGUGG